CUCUCUCGCACCGCCGAACAAAUUCUUUCGCGGUGAUUCGGUUUCCUAUUCCUCUCUCGUGGCAUCGUUUUCGAGAAUGGACGGAGAAAGAGAUGAAAACAAAGAGGAAUUAAAACCCCAUGCGCCUGAGGAAGUGAAGGUCGAAUCCUCUGUAAUUUCACCUGCGAUUGGUCCGCUGGACGUCAGUGCGUUGCAUCACAAUUCAGAUUCAGAGAGGCAAUUUUCAGAGAAAAACGACGAAUAUGAAUCUCUCGACCCUGUUGAUGCUCGACAUUUGGAUUCCGUUUAUCAAUAUACAAGCAAGAUUCGACAAUUUAUUGGACUAAUUGAUCCAGAAGAAGAUAAGCCGGCUCCAAUUCCUUCUCCUGAAAGUGAAAGCGAGAAAGGCCUUUCAGAUGAGACAACUAAUCAGAAUUUAGAGAAUAAUGACGGUAUUAGUGAAAAAUUGAAUUUAGAUGAAAGUAAAAAUGAUCCAGAUUUGACAAAAACGGAUGAUGGUGUUCCAGUAUUGAGCAAUUCUUCGCCACCCAAUAAUAAUUCAGAUGCAAAAGAACCUGCAGCUGCUUUAUCUUUAGAAGAAAGUUAUAAAGAAUUCUGGCCACUGGGUGUAAAUAAUGAAAAAGAAAAUCCAAGUGAAGAUAAUAAUGAAACCGCAGAACAGAAAUCACUGCCAGUUAUAACUGAAGAAGCAGAAAGACCAAUACUUGACAAUUCUGUUAAUAAAGAAGAUGAGCAGAAUGAUUUAUCAAACGAAAUAAGUCAGCAAAGUUUGACAGAUGAUGCAAAUGAGGCACUAACUGAUGCAGGAACUGAAGAAAUUUCUUCUGAAUUAGAUGUAGAUUCCAAUAUGCCGAAUCAUAUUCCAGAAGACAAAAUGAAUGCCCCUUUGCUUGAAUCUGAUGAAAUUGAGAUAAGUAAUAAUGGCAUAGAUUUGAAUAAACCAGAAGAUGUGCUGAAAAAUGAAGAAAUUAUUUCUAGUGUUGUUGAAAAUAAAUCAGAAAAAGAUAUGAAUUCAAAUGCUUCGGUACAUAUGAAUCAAGAACAUACUGCUAUAAAUUUGGUUGAAACUGAAAAUUCGAAAAUGCUUAAUGAACCAAGCGAAGAAGAACAAAAUAUUUCUUCAAUUGAAGACAGUAAUAUUUUAGAAGAUAAUGUCCCAAAACAUUUGUAUAAUGAAUUGUAUGCAAUAAGUGAAGAACAAGAUAGUUGUGUUACUCCCGAUGAAAUCGAAAAGAUUCCUCAUUUUGAUGAUAUUAGAAGACUAAGCGUCGAAAUUGUUAAUAAAGUUCUCGAUACAGCUGGCAAUCAACUCCGAGACAUAUUAAAUGAGAAGAGAAAAUCAAACGCGGAUGCUAACAAUUUAGAAGAGCGUUCUCCAGACCUUGAGAUUGUUUCUUUUUCAGAUGAUGGAACAGUUAAGGCUUCAAAAUCUGAGGCUGUCAAGGUUUCUCUUGAUAAAGACAAUACUAAUUUAUCAGUGAACGAAGGUGGCAGCUCUCAGUUAUCAGAACAAUCUGAACUAAAGCAAAAACUGAAUAAUGAAAUUCAACUUAAAGAAGUCCUCGCAAAAACUUAUGAUUUUAACGACUUCCAGAAAAAGAUAGAGGUAGAAAUGAACAAAUUCGACCCAAAGUACGACGUGGAUCCAGACAUCGUAUGUGGAAUUGGUUGUUUUAAACCAAGAUGGAUCCAACCCUGGGCAACUUCAAGAGUGUAUUUGAUUUUAUAUUCCAUCAUAGGAAUUCUGAGUGGUUCUUACUAUUCAUAUCUUAUUGGUGCGAUGUCUACUUUAGAGAAGCGAUUUGCAUUUAAAAGCAAAACAAGUGGAUUUGUCAUGAUGUUGGAUGAAAUAACACCACUUUUGUUAGGAAUAUUUAUUGGAUAUUUUGGGGGUAAAAGUCAUAGGCCAAGAAUGGUAGGGCUUGGAAUGUUGUUGUCUUCAAUUUGUUGUUUCAUUUCGGCACUUCCCUAUUUUAUUUAUGGACCAGCAACACAUUUGAGUUUGGGCUAUUCGACAGUUGACAAUGAAAAGAAACUUGAGCUUUGUAAUGUAGAAGAAAGAGAAGGAUUUUGUGACGACGAGGACCGAUUACCAACUUUAACACCGGUUCUGCUAUUGAUGUUAGGUAGUUUCUUGAAGGGAUUCGGGAAUUUGGCGUAUUAUGCUGUGGGUUUAGCAUACAUGGAUGACAAUGCAAAGAAGAAAAAUACACCAAUGUAUUUUGCCAUAGCCUUUUCCUUGAGACUAUUAGGACCAAUGGUUGGAUUUUUGAUGUCUUCUUUCUUUUUGAAAUAUUAUGAAAAUCCGUUUGUUGAUCCUGGAUUUGAAACUUCAGAUCCUCGUUGGAUUGGGUGCUGGUGGAUGGGAUUUCUCGUUCAAGGAGUUUUGUUGCUGAUUUUUACCAUCCCCAUUUCCCUCUUCCCUCGAAGACUGCCAGGCACAGUUGAUUAUUCAAAAUCUGAUGAAGAUAACCAAUUGACAACUAGUUUUGUUGGUCUGUUUGCGGCUUUGAAAAGAUUGGCGAAGAAUCCAGUAUAUUGUCUAAUUGUCUUAAACGCCAUAAUGGGCAUUUUUGGAUCAUUUGGGCAUUACAUAAUGCUCCCCAGGUACAUGGAGAACCAGUUCAGAUUGUCAGCAUCAACCUCUAAUUUAAUAUCAGGUCCGCCUUCAAUUGGAGCUGUAAUGAUAUCCAUGACUAUUGGAGGCUACUUGAUAUGGAAAUUUAAGCCAGGUGCCAAAUUCCUGGCUGGGGCAUUAUGUGCCUCAGAGUUGAUGCAAACAUGUGCGUACCUUAUUUUAAUGAUUCCUAGAUGUCAAAGAGUAGAAAUGACUAGCUAUGGAUUUAAUAACGAUGGAUUGAUUCUACAAGAUGAAUGCAAUAGUAACUGUAACUGUACCACCAACGCUUUCUCGCCUGUUUGCGGUCCAGAUGGAGCAACUAUGUUCUUCUCACCCUGCCAUGCUGGUUGUAGUCAGAAAGUGAAUGGGACAUACUGGAAUUGCUCUUGUGUUUUCGAUUCUUCUGGACAACAAAGAGAUUACGUCACAGAUGGAUUUUGUGUCACAGAAAAUUGUUGGCCUAGCAUUCUGGCAUACAUCCUCACAAUGCCUGUUAUCCAGUUGGUUGUGAAUCUCUCAAAAGUGGGACACACCAUAAUAUUUUUGAGAUCAAUAAAACCUGAAGAUAAAAGUGUUGCUUUGGGAACAUUUGAAACCUUAAUUUGCACUUUUGGUUUCAUACCCUAUCCAGUCGUAUAUGGUGCUUUGGUAGAUUCCGCAUGCCUGAUAUGGGAAAAAAGUUGUGGUGAGACAGGCAAUUGCUGGUAUUAUGAUGUUCCAAAACUCAACUAUCUUCUUCAUGGAACGUCUGCUUUGUUUUCAACAUUCGACGCGUGUACUUUACUCGGAAUAUUUUUCCUAGCGUCCAGAGUGCAUGAUUUGUAUAAGGAAGAUUACGAAACAGAAGAUAGCACCAACACUGUAAAAAAUGAAGCAGAAUCUCAGGAAGAAAGAAAAGACAAUAGUUCUAUAAUAAAGCUAUAAUAUAAACCUAACCUUUGUAAUUCAAGUAUUCAAUUUAUCAAAUAAAUUCUUGUAAAAAUAAUUGU